AAAGGCCUGCACUGCCCAACCCACAACUCUCAAGUCCUUCAUUCCUGCACAGCACACUCGUUUUGUUAACCUUUUCCUGCAUCCCUCCAUCACCAUGAGCCACUACGAGCCUUACGCCUCUCGUGCCUCCUUCACUCGCUCUGUACCAGUGUCGCAUCGAGCUUUAAGCAUCUAUGGAGGUGCAGGAGGUGAAGGAACCAGGAUCUCCUCUGCUUCGUCCUAUGGCAGCCUGCGCUCUGCUCCUCUGGGGUCCUCCAUCUCCUCCAGCUCAGCCUUCAAGGUAAGCUCCGCAGGCUCGGGGUCCCUCCGAGCUGCUGGGGCCUCUGCAGGGCAUGUCCUGGGGGAUGAGAAGGGCCAGAUGCAGAACCUAAAUGACCGCCUGGCCUCCUACCUGGAGACGGUGCGCAGGCUGGAGAAGGAGAACAGCAUUCUGGAGCAGAAGAUCAGAGAGGCCAUGGAGAAAGCUGGGCCAGACAUGCGCGACUACAGCAAGUACCAGGCCAUCAUUGACGACCUGAGGAAGAAGAUAUUUGAUUCCACUGUGGACAACGCUCGUCUGGUUCUGCAGAUUGACAAUGCUCGCCUGGCUACAGAUGAUUUCAGAGUCAAGUUUGAGAAUGAGUUGUCCAUUAGGCAGUCUGUGGAGGCAGAUAUCGCAGGGCUGAAGAAACUUAUUGACGACACUAACAUUGGUCGUAUUAACGUCGAGAGUGAGAUUGAGGCUCUGAGAGAGGAACUUCUCUUCCUCAAUAAAAACCACGAUAAUGAGGUUGCAGACCUGCGUAAUCAGAUAGCUCAGUCGGGUGUGCAGGUAGAUAUAGAUGCUCCAAAGGGUCAGGACCUGUCUCAGGUGAUGGAGGAGAUGAGGGAAAACUACGAGAAGCAAGCACUGAAGAAUGCAGAGGAACUCAAAAUAUGGCAUGAGAACCAGAUUUCUGAGGUUCAGGUACAGGUAACACAGAACACAGAAGCGUUACAGGGAGCUCAGAUGGAGAUGAACGACCUGCGCAGACAGAUUCAGACGCUGGAGAUAGAGCUAGCAUCUCAACAAAGCCUGAAAGCAUCGCUUGAAGACACGCUCCGAAACACAGAAUUACGCACCAAUAUGGAGAUGGAGAAAAAUAACACCAUCAUCCUGCAGCUGGAGGCAGAGCUGGCACAGCUGAGGGCAAAGAUCACCGAGCAGGGACAGGAAUAUGAAGCUUUAUUAAACAUGAAGAUGAAACUGGAGGCAGAAAUCGCCACCUACAAGACCCUCCUGGAUGGAGGAGACUUAAAACUCCAAGAUGCACUUGAAUAAAGAAGCUGCGAUCUCACAUGCAGGCUGGACAAAAGACGGGGGAAGGACCAAAACCACAGCAACUUAAAUCAUUUAAUAAUGUGAAACUCUGAAUAAAAUCUGUGAGAAAUGUU